UUGUGGAGUUAAUGCAACGAGGCAGAUAUGGGCUGCUGUUUCAGUAAAGAGAAACGUCAGGAUGUUAAUGAAACAAAACCACUUCUUGAAAAUGAAGGGAAAUACGACACCCGUGCAGUCACAUCAGGGGUCAUUAACCCGAUGUCGAGCCUGGCUGAGGCCUUGGAAGAUGGUGUCAGGUCAAACCUGACUCUCGCUUUGGCCAAGUGGUGCGAGGUGGAGGAAGAAAGUCGCGCUGCGGACAGCGAACUCGACGGAAUUGGACGGAGAGGGCUUAACACGUCGCCAUCGACGGGUGAGUCCACCGGCCGGCCCAAGGCGCCCUCCACGGUUGUACGCGGCUUGCGUAACGCCAGCCGCAGUUGCGCCGAUGUCACCCUCGCAUCGUGGCUGAAGGAGACGAGGACGCUGCUGCUGGCACGGCCCCUGGAUGUGCUGUGGCCCAAGUUCCAGACAGGCGCCGAAGGCCACGUAUUGGAUGGGAAACAGGUGCAGCUGUUUCUCAGCGAGUGGCACUGCCUGUUUGUGCUCCGUGAUCGGCUGUGGAAGAUCAUGCCAUUGUCAUUCGUAGAGAAAAAAAAGAAAACUCUGUUUAAAAAGCGGAAGACUGUCAACAAUGCAGACAUACGGCGGUGUUCUCCAACGUGCACACAGCUUGUUGUCGUUGAGCCUCCGUGUUGUACAGUGCUUGCCGAUAACGAGCGGUCACGAGAAACGCAAACCAAGCCUAUGGAAAUACUGGAAACUGACCAGUUCUGCAUCAACAGUAAGUUGAUUCUCGGUAAAGAUGGACCUGAUGCCUCUUCAGAAUUACCUGUAGGGCAUUCCUGUGAUGCAAAUAUGUUAAAUGGCCUCCACUUGACUGAGGCCAAAGGGAAUGUAAAUGGAUCCCUUGAAUAUGUUUUUGAGCAGGAGCGGCAUGUGUCCCGUUCUAGAAAUUCUACGCUAAUGACUGGAGUCUUUGUUUCACCAGCUGAAUGUGGGUCAUCUCCAUUGUUGAGUGAUUCACAAAUGUUAUGCAUAUGUGACGAGACUAUUAAAGCUAGUGAACCUCAUUGUGAUUUUCAAGAGUUCGAUGCACUCCACGGAAACUCAAUGGAGAGAGUAUUAUGUAAUGUUGACAACACUAGUGCUGUUGGUCAUUUAAAAAGCGAUGAAGAUACAGUUGAAGAAGAUAUAAAUGCUAAUGCAUUUUUAAGUGAGGCAACCCGGUUGUCCAUGCCUCUUAAUCUAAUGCAGAAAUGCUGUCGUGACUUGCAUUAUUCAGAUUGUGACAUUUCUACAAAAGCAACUGAGACAAAAUGCCCGACCCAAGAGGUGGCAUCUGAACAGCAUACAUUGGAAGAGAGCUGCAUUACAAAACUAUUAACUCAGUCGCAUUGUAAUAGCUCUGAUGGUCAGCAUGGUGAAUUAUCUUUGUUUUCCAUUGGCAACGGUGUUGCUAAUCAAGUUGGCACUGAUUGCCUGGACUUUGAUUUCGGUUGCCAAGACACGCUACCCACGCACGCAUAUCUCGACAGAAAAUGUAAUAAAUGGGCUACUGCACCUUCAUGCCCGGUUGCCAUGGUGCAGGAAGACGAGAUGAAUGAACGAAGCGGCGUCGCGAUUCCAAAACAGAGGGACGUCAGCAGUGACGGUAGUGCAUUGCAUCCAGACGGCGGUUCAGCAGAGCAGGACUGCAUCAGCACCACACACCGUGAUGUCAAGCCCGUUGCCGAGGUGACGGCGGAACACGUCAGCCAUUCAUCCUUUUACUGCAACGUGGAAGCGGCGCAGUGCCCCGACAAUGCAAGCUGCAUGCCGGUGCUCUCGGACGAAAAUCCAUUAGCCGCAGGGGGAUUACGGUGUGAAGAAGUCGGCUGCGAUGCCUCUCCUGUAGAAGCAGUGCAUGGUGAUCCAUUGGUGAAGGUUACGAUUGAAGACCGAAGCUGCAGUGAGGUAGGAGAGCAACAACUGGUGGUCGGUUAUUCUUGCGAUUCUUUGCAAAUGAGUACUGACGUUGGCGAGAGUGUUUGCAUAAUUCCGAGUGCAGCUGCCAUGACAGAGUUGCCUUUCUCUUCAGAGAGCCUGAUAAAUGGUGAUGAUGGGUCCCUGUUGCAUUGUGGUGAGCUGGCUUAUCAGUUUGUUUCUCCCAAAGACUGUGAACUGCUGUCAUCUCGGCGCAUAUCGUUGGUGCUCUGUAGUGAACCUAUCCAGGAAGACAUGUGUUCUGUUCUUAACUGUGAUGCAGUAAAUUAUUCCAGCAAUGGAAAAUUACGCGGAGUAACUAAUAUAGAAGAAAAUAUUCCGAAGGUGCCAUCGGACAACAUUUUAACAUUGAAAGCUGAUGAAAUUAACUUGUGCAGCCUGGAAUUGUCUGAAGAGUUGAAAGCGGAUCAUGAGACUGUGUGUGUUGGGACAGUGCCAGCAAAUGUUCUGGAUUCUCCUAAUCGUACAUUAUAUUGUGAUGAACAGCAACUAGAAGCUGAUUGUCUGGAACAUCCUGAAAAUAUUCCAGCAAAUUUUGAUGCAGCACAGGAGUACAGAGUAUGCUCAUCUUCAACAUCUCCAAACAGUGUUCAAUGGUCAGAUGGUAAUGCAGAAGUUGUAUUGGAUGAAAAGCCACAUGUUGACUGGAAACUGAAGUCCGUAGCUGCUGUUGCCAACUCAUCUGAAGAAACAGCCAAGCAGUGGUUGGAGCCUGUACAGCAUUUACAAGAUGAUAAUUAUUUGAAUGGGAGUGAACUGCAUUCAAUAGAUGCCAGUGUUACAUCAGAGACCAUUAAUCUUGUGACAUGCAUGCCAGUCUUUGCCGAGAAACAUGUGGAUCAAUUUGUGGAGCAAAAUCAAAUUGAUAAGUAUGCUGCGACUCCAUCUUAUGAGAUAUCAGGCAUUUCUUCCAUUAAAUUGUCUGCAGACUCCCGCAAAGUUGGUCAACCCAGCAGACAGCAUUGUGCUGCCUAUUACCAUGAUACAUUCAGCUGUGAAAGUAAAGAUCAUAACACAGACGCUGCUUGCUUUGAAGUGCCAGUAUUCCCAGAAGGCAGCAACACUGUAAUUCCUAUGCCCACAUUUGACAAACCAACUCCGACUGACAGCGACGACCCACACUUCUCCAACAUGUUCAAACUGUUUGACACAAUGCCCGUAGGGGAAGCAAGCUUCCCGUCGAUCAUCCAGUCCACACCUGAGGGCCAAGUGAUCGUGGAGGUUUCAGAAACCGAGUACAUUCCUGCAGGUGGGCUGCCUGGUGACUUAGCCAGCAGUCUGCUUCAAAUGUCCCCUAUGUUCUACAUGGCUGCCGGCUCUCCAAUGGGCCAGUCGGAGACCAUCACCGUGCCCAGCGGCAUGCAUGGGCCUCUGGCAUAUAGCGGCAGUAUUCCUGAAUCGGGAAUGUGGAGCUGGAUGUAUUCCAACGUCCCACCUCUUCAAGUUGAUGCUGAAAUAAACACUGCUCCCAAUGUGGCAACACAGCUCAUGGUGGAGGGCGCUGUCCUGAACCCUAAUGCUGCAUCCUGGAAGAGCCCGGCGCCCAGCGCUGACAUCGCCUUUGCUCCAGGCAGAGCCGUGAAUGGGGACUGGCCCGACCCAGAGCCUCGACCCUACUCUGAAGUUUACUCCGGGAGCAACGGUGAAGAGGGUGAAGCCACGUUCGGCGCUUUGACCGAGAUAGAGCCUGUGCUGCCCCCUGAGCCGCUGACCCCAACCUCACCGACGCCCCAAGACGAACACAUCCCCGAGGGCAAGCCGUAUGUCGUGAUGGAGAGUGCCAGCGGUGAUGGGGAAGCUCCAGAGGCUGAGGAUGGGCUUCAGGUCCCUGUGGUCAACGGUGCUGGCAAGGAACCACCCAGCCUGGUUGCGGAAAACCCCACAUGUCCCCUCACUGGUGAUGUAGGGCAAUCAGAAACACAAACAAUGAAGCCCGAAGAACUGAAGGAAAUUUUGAGAAAACAGCUGGAAUACUACUUCUCAAGAGAGAACCUGGCCAACGACAUGUACCUAGUGUCCCAGAUGGACAGUGACCACUAUGUGCCCAUCUGGACAAUCGCCAACUUCAACCAGGUCAAGAGGCUAACUGCUGACACAGAUCUCAUCGUGGAAGUGCUCAAGUCCUCGCCACUGGUGCAAGUGGACGAGAAAGGGGAGAAAGUGCGACCCAACCACAAGCGUUGCAUCGUGAUCCUGCGAGAGGUCCCGGAGAGCACGCCCAUAGAGGAGGUGGAAAGUCUCUUUAAGAGCGAGAACUGUCCCAGGUUUGUGAGCUGCGAGUUUGCUCACAAUGACAGUUGGUACGUUACAUUUGAAUCGGAUGCAGAUGCGCAGCAGGCUUACAAGUACUUAAGAGAGGAAGCCAAGACAUUCUUGGGAAAGCCUAUCAUGGCACGCAUUAAGGCCAAGUCGAUGGGCAUCACUGCAUUCAUCCCCAAGAAUGGUCAGCAACCACUGGAAGUGGGCGGCUUUCACCAGCAGUUCCAGCCUGCCGCCGUCUACAUGCAGCCUGUGCAUUACAGCCCGGCACAACAGCAGCAGCCACCAUACCCCUUCUACAGCAUGCUGUCCCAACCCUGGUCCUCAUCACUUGGCUACUAUGAUGGCACGCAGCUCGUAACGGGCACUUUUCCAAGCACUGCCUUCCUGAGUAGCUUCCCUGCCACUGGCCACUACAAGCACAUGCAGGCACUGCAGCAUCGGCCAUACACAGGCAGGAGCAGGGGAGGAGGAAAGUCCCAAGGAAGGAGCCACCCUAGCCAACACGACAAGGUGAUCCCGGACGCAAUUUCCUUCGUGCCGAUGAACAGCGUGCACCUCGUUGACAGGCCGGCAACCAAUGGUGGCCCACGAGGAGGGGCUAAUGCCGGGCAGCGCCGGCCUACGGGCAGCACUGUGGGCAGUGGUGUGGGUGGCGGCAGCAGCAGCAGUAGCAUCACCAGUGGUGUGAGUGGUGGGGGCAGCAGCUACAGGCCUCAUGCGCCAGAGCAGCCGUUCCUGGGCAGUCGAACGCAGCCGUCGGAUGCCCCCUUUGUGAGGCGAGAUGUCGAAGUAAACGGCGGAGACCCAGCACUCCUCGCCUCCAGAGGAAGGAAAGGGUUCCGAGGGAGGAGGAGAAGAGACGAUGAGCGGACCGUGAAAUGUCCGCAGCCGCCAGUGCCCCUUGUGCCCCCCGAGUCCCCGCGGCUCGAGUUGGCCGCGUCCGAGUUCCCCCCCCUGCCAGGGGCGUCGACCAGCGUCCGCGAGGACAGUGUCCCCACGCGGCACGAGAACCGCCUCGCCGACGUGGUGCGAGGGAUCGGCAAGGCCUCGCAAACUGGGAGUACAAAUGGCAGCACGGCAGUGCCCCCGAGCGCAUUGAACAAGAGCAAGCCCACACCUAUGCCUCUGUCCAGCCCUGAGCCCACAAACCCUUGCCCCACACCUCAAGCCACUGUCAGCAGUACCACGGAGGCGGCUGGCACAUGUACGGAUGAACCGAGCGAAAGCCGUGCCCCAGCUCCCACUGUCACGCCUGGACCCGCUGAGGUCCAUGCCACGGAACCAAAGAAGCUGAGUUACGCACAGAUCUGCCAGCGGCCCCCAAUGCCUCCCACAUGCCAGCCGGUGGCCAACGGCUCCGCAGUAGCUGGGACGGCCGGAGACAUGGGCGAUGCAGACAGGGACACGGCAGAUGACUCUCGGGAGGCGGAGGUGGCCAGCAAGCCUGUCGAAGGGCCUCCGAGGGAUCAGCGCAAGCAGUUCGGCAUCUCCACACACGCGCAUGCAGUCGCCCGAAAGCCACUUGGGGUUCAGAAUGGCAUGGCCAGGCCUCGGGUAGCAAUGGUGGCCAAAGAAACACAAUGACCACCGACUGCAGCUUGGCCAACCUGGAAUUCGGGAACCGUGUGUCGGGCUGAUGUUUUUGUUUUCUCUUGCUUUAAAAAAUUCGUGAAUAUUUAAUUUUUUCCUUUUUAAUUUUUAAGAUGGAAUUGAUCCAUUUCGAAUUUGCCAAAAUCUUGAGCUACGGUCCUUGGCAAUGGGAGAAAACACAAAGCGACUGAAAAAAAUACAAGAGGUGUUGAUAGGCGCGAAAGACGUUCUACAUACAUGCAUAGUGAAGCCCUGUCAUGUGCAACAUGAUAUUUGGGAUUUGGAGGCCGGAUUCAUGGACUUGAGUGCUGGAGAGACCACAACCCAGCCAGAGAGAACAGGAAACCAGGACUGACUGGAGAGAGGCUGGACUGCUGCUUCACUGUUGCAGGCAUCACAUGAAGGCAAAUCAAGUGCACUAAUUCCCUUCUACAUAAAAUCAGACGGGCACUGGCACAGCAGCAGUGAAUGACUGAUGUUGCACCGUCUCCGUAUCCUCUCAGCGUUUUCGUUGUACAUAGGACACUGGAAUAAGCUUGAGCAUUGACAGACUCAGAAGCAGAGUUAACAUGAUAGAAGUUGUGGUUUGAUCGGUAAAAUGCUAAUGCUUGGUGUAAAAUGCAAGGAAAAAGUUAGUGUUGAAAAAGGUAAUAUGAAAUGACUUGUUUUAAAACUAGUAGCAAGUCCAGGGUAUC